ACAGAUGCAGACUCAGGUGAUGAAAGGAGAGUAGAGGUGGAGAUGGGUGAGGAGGUGUUCUUUGUUUGUCUUCAGGUGUCGGACACCGUGGUCGAGCCGUACAACGCCACGCUGUCAGUCCACCAGCUGGUAGAAAACACAGAUGAAACCUACUGCAUUGAUAACGAAGCUCUUUAUGACAUUUGCUUCCGCACUCUAAAACUCACCACGCCCACCUACGGCGACCUGAACCACCUGGUCUCAGCCACCAUGAGCGGCGUGACCACCUGCCUGCGUUUCCCCGGCCAGCUUAACGCCGAUCUGAGGAAACUGGCUGUCAACAUGGUGCCCUUCCCCCGUCUCCACUUCUUCAUGCCUGGCUUUGCCCCUCUGACCAGCAGGGGGAGCCAGCAAUACCGAGCCCUGACGGUGCCUGAGCUCACCCAGCAGGUGUUCGACGCCAAAAACAUGAUGGCUGCCUGCGACCCUCGCCACGGACGCUACCUGACGGUGGCCGCCGUGUUCCGUGGCCGCAUGUCCAUGAAGGAGGUGGACGAGCAGAUGCUGAACGUCCAGAACAAGAACAGCAGCUACUUUGUGGAGUGGAUCCCCAACAACGUGAAGACGGCCGUCUGCGACAUCCCGCCGCGUGGCCUCAAGAUGGCCGUCACCUUCAUCGGCAACAGCACAGCCAUCCAGGAGCUGUUCAAACGCAUCUCUGAGCAGUUCACCGCCAUGUUCCGCCGCAAGGCCUUCCUCCACUGGUACACCGGCGAGGGCAUGGACGAGAUGGAGUUCACCGAGGCAGAGAGCAACAUGAACGACCUUGUCUCCGAGUACCAGCAGUACCAGGACGCCACGGCUGAGGAGGAGGGAGAGUUUGAGGAGGAGGUGGAGGAGGAUGCCUAAAAAAGUAACAAUGAAUGACGCUUCAUGAGCUGAGGAAAAAGAUGAAGUUAAAGGAGUAGUUCUGAUUUUUUGAAUCGGGGUUGUAUGACGUACUUAUUCAUGGUCAGUGUGUUACAGACAGUAGGUGUCAGUCGGCACGCCAGUUUGGAGAAGCAGACAGAAAUACAAACAUGGAAGUUAAGCAAUGUACUGCUGUGAAAUCUGCAGCAGCAAAAGAUAUUUUAGCCACCUAAAAAAACCCAAAUCAAUUAAAUUGGAUGCCAAACUGAGAAUAUUUUCAGCACUUUACCUCCAUGCAGACAGCCUUUUCUGAUGGGGAAACUGUUACAGUUUCUAUGCUCUAAUCAGUGGCACCAAACUCCAUUGACAAAAACAGUUAUUUUAGCUUGCUGAACACAGAAGCUGCCGGCCAACAGCUGCCUAAGUAAGUUAGUUUGUUUUUGCUUUUGUGUGACUUCAGUUAAUCAAAAUAAACCCUUAAAAACUCCAAAGUCACUCAAUAACCAAAACAAACUCAUUGAUUCAGGCAGCGGUAUACCAGCAGCUCCUGUGAUUAGUGAUGUUAAAUUGCUGUUUUUCUUAAUGGAGUCUGGCUUUGAAGAGAAUGCGGCCACACGCCUAAUUCUCCAAACUAAGGGGCGGGUAUCUACUGUAUGUAAUACACUAAAUAUGGAUCCUAAAUAAGGGCAUCAUGCAACCCCACUUCAGAGGAUUUGAACUUUGCCUUUAUUAACCUACAAAAAAAAUCAGAAAAAAGAAAAAUCAUUGUGAUAUGAAAUUAAGGAAUGUAGCAGAACGGAUAAGGAAGGCUGUUUAGAGAAGCACAGGGGGUCUGAAAGGGUUAAUAGAGGGAAACUGAGGAGAAAUAAGAAUGAAAGAUGAAUGUAGGUAGAGAAGUGAAAGAGAAGCAGGACGAGGAACAAAAUGAAAAUUACGUGACCAAAUUAAUGUGCCAUGGUUGACAGUUUAUUGUGACGCCAUGUUGUUUGUUCGGUUUGAGCAAGACUAACCUCCCAAACUCCCAAACUUUUUCUUUUUUUUAAUGCUGAGAUCACAAGUUUCAGCAAAUGAACAAAUCUGAAGUACUUAGACUUCACUUUAAUCACAUAGGAUCAUAUUCUCCUUUUUUUCUGAAAAACAGAAACUAAAAUUAUUAAAAGAAAUCGUGGCGUCUUUAUUUUGUUAAUUCCACCUAACACAAUAAGUGUGUUAAAUGGUUAAAUGACUGAUUUAACAUUUCUAUACACUCAAUUCAGACAAGCAGUUAAAUUUUGCCAAAUAUUAUCAGUAUGAAAUUACCUCUUGAAUAACAAACAGUAUUUUGCAGUGGAAAAAGAAAUAUUUGUGCUUCUUCACUGAUUUUCAGAGCAACGUUAGCACAUAGUCCAAGUUCAACUUUGGAUUUUUUAAAAAAAAAUUCAGCAUUAAAACAUCUAAACAAGGUGAUAUCAAAGAAUACCAAGUGUUACCUUACAGCGGUUGCUUUGGGGGAAAACCAGGUCUGGAACCUCGAACUUGAGCUCCAGAAAUGCGAAAUCAUGCCAUUAUCAGUGUUUUUUUUCUGCUUUUAAGAGUGUUCUUUACUUUUUCCAUUAUUUAUCAGCUCUGGAAAUCCACUCUCAGAGUUAAUGUGAAAUUUGUGAAAAGGUGGGACUAUCAGUA